CAGACAGUAACAACGACCUGUAUUUGUGUCUGGCCAGCUCAACAUCUGUAACGGCGCUGCGGACGAUUCUUCGUGUAUAUGAAUCAUUUGGUUGAAUGUAAGAUUCGCGAUUCAAGAUGUCUCACUGCCACGACGAACACGACGACCACAGUCAUGCCCACGACCAUUCGGAAGGCGCGGUCCAUGACCAUAGCGAUGAUCUCGUGCCUGCCUUGCAAAAUCAUAUAUAUGAACAGAUCGACUUUGGUGCCAUCACCACGUUGAACGAGUCGGAAACUGGCAGCGGUGCAGCGAUUAUACAAAAGACAUGGACCGAAAGGCUCAACCCCGAACCCGAACUGCAGAGCGACACCGACGAACAGCUUCUGAUGCAUGUUCCAUUCACUGGCCAAAUCCGCUUGCACAGCAUCCUCAUCCGCACUUCAACCUCGGACUCGGCACCGUUGACGCUGAAACUCUACGUCAAUCGUGACGACGGACUGGACUUCGCCACAGUAGCGGAUCUCGAAGCGACACAAGUCCUCGAGCUUUCACAGACGGCCGAUCUGCAGGAUAUCCCCGUCAAGCGAGCGAAAUUCAACACUGUACGUUCACUUGACCUUUUCUUCGAAGACAAUUGGAGUCGUGGCGAGGAAGAUGUCACGCGUAUCUCCUAUCUGGGCUUCAAGGGAGAGUUUAUGAAAUUGAGUCGGGAGCCAGUGAGCUUCUUGUAUGAAGCAGCUGCAAAUCCCAAAGACCAUCAACUCGCUGCUGGAAUCAACCAAGGGGUCGGAAGUAACGUUGGCGGCGCUGGAGGGCCACAUGGCAUGUAAACAGAGCAUAAUGAAAGUGAUCGAGACUUCACGAGUGCUACAAUAUGUCCGCGAAAGGCAC